CUUCCUGAACCUGGGCGGGGAGAUGCUCUACAUCCUGGACCAGCGCCUGCGGGCGCAGAAUAUCCCGGCCGACAAGGCCCGCAAAGGUCACUGAAGAGAUCAGACAUGUGCAUGAGGAAGAUUAUUUUGUCGGAGCUGUGACGUCAUUUAGAACAGGGAGAUACAGGAGACAGAUUAUGAGACUACUGUAACAACCCAGGGAGUCAGCUCUAUUUGUGCUCUUGCCUCCUCUCUGACGGUGUUCUUGGACUGCCCUCCUCAAAAGAGCUAUUAUAACCAGGAUAGACUAUUCACAUUGCAGAAGGAAAGUUAUGAAUGACAUCAUUGCAACCAUGUUCAAUAAAAAAUUUUUGGAGGAGCUAUUCAAGCCCCAAGAGCUCUAUUCCAAGAAGGCACUGAGAACCAUCUACGAUCGCCUGGCUCAUGCCUCCAUCAUGAGACUAAACCAGGCCAGCAUGGACAAGCUCUAUGACUUGAUGACCAUGGCUUUCAAAUAUCAAGUGUUGCUAUGUCCCCGGCCUAAGGAUGUAUUGCUGGUCACUUUCAACCACUUAGAUGCCAUCAAGGAUUUUAUCCGUGACUCCCCAACCAUCAUGAACCAAGUGGAUGAAACCUUUCGGCAAGUAAUUGAAGUGUAUGGUUGUCUUUCUGCUGGUGAGUUCCAUCUCAUCAGACAGACCCUGCUGAUUUUUUUUCAAGACAUGCACAUCCGGGUGUCCAUAUUUCUAAAGGACAAAGUCCAGAAUUCAAAUGGCCGUUUUGUGUUGCCAAUAUCUGGGCCUGUUCCAUGGGGAACCGAAGUUCCUGGACUCAUCAGACUGUUUAAUAACAAAGGAGAAGAAGUGAAGAAAGUGGAAUUUAAGCAUGGCGGACACUAUGUCAGGGCACAGAGUGAAGGUUCUUUUGAUCUUUAUGGAGACAGAGUCCUCAAACUAGGGACAAAUAUGUACAGCAUUAGUCGGCCAGUGGAAACACAUGUGUCUGGAGCAUCAAAGAACUCAGCUUUGAAUACGAAGGAGAGGACUGCCCCGAACCCUCUUGCUAAAGAAGAACUGAAUUUCUUGGCCAGGUUGAUGGGAGGAAUGGAAAUUAACAAAACCAGUGGCCCUGAACCUGGAUUCCGGUUGAAUCUGUUUACCACUGAUGAAGAAGAAGAGCACGCAGCAUUAACCAGGCCAGAAGAACUAUCCUACCAAGUCAUCAACAUUCAGGCAGCCCAGGACCAGCAAAGAAAUGAAGAGCUCACUCGGAUCAUGGGGGAGUUUGAGGUCCACGAUCAGCCCCAACAAAGCACCAGCAAAGGAGACGAUUUGCUGGCCAUGAUGGAUGAAUUGUAACAGUAACCUGGCAAGCUGGGGGUCCCACCUACAGCAGACUGCUGGACCAUAGCUGCCUGAGGCUGGACUAGGACCCUCAGAGAUGCUGCUAGUUUUCUACCAAGUGGAGCUUUGAUGUCUUGUACUUUUUUGUAGUGUGACCAACUGCACAAGCUUCCUUCCCAAAGGCGUAUACACACACACACACACACACACACACACACACAUACAGCUAAAUUCAUUCUGAUUUUCAAACUUGAUCUUUCCAUUUUCUUCCCAAUGUUUCAGCAGCCAUCUAUGGCUGAGCAAGCUCAGAUUCCAGCCCCAGAGUACAUAACGGCAGGAUUGUGUGCGCCUCCUCUCAGCUUUGCUCCCUCGUCUCGCCUGUGGGAGGUCUGGAUCUUGUCAGCGUCUCUGAUUCUUAAUGGGGGAAUCCAAAGGUUUCUGUUUGUGUUCUGCCUUGUAGGGGGUUUGGAAAGCUCUCUUCUCUCUAGUGUAGUAGGAGCAGGAAUCUCAGGGAGGCAGAGUAAUCAGGGCUGUGUCCUAAACAGGGACUGGAGAACAUAUGGAGAUAUACAGAUAUGUAGCUCUGUGUGUGUGUGUGUGUAUGUGUAUAUAUAUAUAUACAUAUAUAUAUAUACACAUAUAUAUAUAUGUAUG